UUCUUUGCCAACGUCGCUAUUACUCUCACUACAUCUCAAACCCCUUUGUUUUUACAACCUUUUUUCUCUUCUUUAUUUUUUCACUUUCAUUUCAAAGCACCAAACCAACUCGAAAACCACAAAGCCAAAGCCUAGCUACACAAAACUACAAAAAAAGAUUAGAGAGAGAAAAGCUAUGGAAGUUGGGCUGAAGUUGGGGAAAGGAGGAGGAGAUGUUGGUGGCGAGAAGGAGAAAAUGGGAUUUGAAGAGACUGAGCUGAGGCUAGGGUUGCCUGGGAAUAUUAGAGCAGGAGAAGGAGAGGUUGCAAGGAAGAGAGGCUUCUCUGAGACAGUUGAUUUGAAGCUUAACCUUUCCUCAAAAGAAAGCUCUGGGGUGGAUCCAAAUGAGAAGGAGAAGAAUCUUCUCCCUUGUGCCACUGAUCCUGCGAAGCCUCCUGCCAAGGCGCAGGUUGUGGGUUGGCCGCCAGUCCGGUCAUUCCGGAAGAACAUGUUAGCCACCCAAAAGAGCAGCAGCGAGGAGAGUGAGAAAGGCGGUGCAGGGAACGCCGCCUUUGUGAAGGUCAGCAUGGACGGUGCACCUUACCUCCGCAAGGUGGACUUGAGGAUGUACAAAACUUACCAGGAACUUUCGGAUGCCCUGGCCAAAAUGUUCAGUUCUUUCACUAUUGGAAAUUGUGGAUCCCAAGGAAUGAAGGAUUUCAUGAAUGAGAGCAGGCUUAUGGAUCUCCUUAAUGGUUCGGAUUAUGUUCCUACCUAUGAGGACAAGGAUGGUGACUGGAUGCUUGUUGGUGAUGUCCCAUGGGAGAUGUUUGUUGAAUCAUGCAAGAGGUUGCGCAUAAUGAAAGGAACAGAGGCAAUUGGGCUUGCACCAAGAGCCAUGGAGAAAUGCAAGAACAGAAACUGAAGUUGGUAGCUGUUAUUAGCGCAACCUGCUCCUUUGAUCUUGUGGUCGCUGCAGCUAUCAAAACAAUGAUAAGAAGCAAAGAGCGAGCAGAUGGAUUGAGCAGGUUGACUACUAUAUUAUUAUUAUGAUUAGGGUGCUUUUGUGCUAAGAGUUGAUAUGUAAAAUUAAUGUGAGAUUCCACUACUUAAGUAUUUGUUAUGGACAAAAACAAUAAUGAAUAUGAUCUUACUGUACGUCGCAAGACAUGGCCUGUCUUUGCUUGUGUUUAAUAGUAUUAAAACACUCACUGUAAUAAUGUAUCUGUUUGUAGUUAUUAUUACUUGUUGUGUUCCUUAAA